AUGUCGCGAUCAAGCUCCGUGGAGGAUUUACCUGAACAGUGUAAAGACCUGUUCACGCAGGAUGGGGUUCUUCUCAAAGCGUGCCUCGGUAGACCGGUCACAGACCUCAACUCCAUCGGGAUGCUCUGCAUCGUGCAGAACCAAGACAACAGCAAAACCAUCGAGUGGCGACCAAACGACCUGAUCACCAUCGAUUCUGACACACAAGACCAUGAAUGGGCGGUCGUCAAUACUAUUGGUAUUACAAUGUCUUUUGCUAAAGGUCGUCGUCAGCGCACAUUAAGCGGGAAUAUAACAUCAGACUACGCAACCGCCAGGGCUCGCAUCAUCAAAAUACCCAUCGAGGAACUUAAGACCUUCAGGGUUACGAGAAAUAACCAACAAAUGCAGUUUUCCACAAAGCCAGGAGUGUGGCAAACGACUUUUUACUUUCAACAUGGCAAUGCGGAAAUCUUCGUCGCGUAUCUAAAGAACCAUGUGAAAACUGCGAAGACGCGCCAUGAUAGAAACACAUACGUCGUUGUAGAACCGAAUAUAGAGUCCCAAGUACUGAAUAAGUCCUUUGCUGAACUGGAUAUAUUCACGGAGAAUACAACAGACGUUGUGUGGAAUUUGGUAUCGAACUUCAAACAGAGGCCUUAUGAGACCACUAUGGAGGCAUUUUCCAAACUCACUGACAUUGUGUACUACGGCAACGAAGGCGUGAACGGCAAGAGAGAUGUAUCAGAAGAAGUGGUGGACUUGUUGACGAAAAGUAUGAAUGCUAUGGAGGAGGCUACGACUGUGACCAAGAGUGACGAGUACGAAGUUAUCAGUGUCAAACCAACACUACCGCCUCGCCCCUCUAUACCUAGAGGAACACCACUGUCCCCAGAAAAGUGGUGGGCAUUACAAGAUACAGAGGGCAGGAUCACGGAAGUGGAAGGAGUGAAACAACUUAUAUUUAGAGGAGGUGUAGCCCACUCGAUAAGGCAGUGCGUAUGGAAAUACCUCCUAGAUUACCACCCGUGGCACAUGACGAGUGCAGAAUUAAAAACAUUGACUAAGAAGAAAACAGAAGAGUACUUCGCAAUGAAACUGCAAUGGAGAUCUAUGACUGAGGGGCAAGAAGCCAGGUUUUCAGAAUACAGAGACAGAAAGAGCUUAGUGGAAAAAGACGUCAAUCGAACUGACAGAACACAUCCAUUCUUCGCUGGAGACAACAAUCCUAACUUGGUCAUCCUGCAAGAUAUACUACUGACCUAUGUCAUGUAUAACUUCGACCUCGGAUAUGUGCAAGGCAUGUCCGAUAUAUUAGCGCCUUUGUUGUUGCUAAUAGGCAACGAAGUGGAUAGUUUCUGGUGCUUUGUAGGAUUCAUGGAUAAAAUUGCUUCAAACUUCGACAUGGACCAGGCUGGCAUGAAGCACCAACUCCUACAAUUACAACAACUGUUAACAUUCGCGAGCCCCGAGCUUGCCAACCACUUAGCGCAGAAAGAUUCUGGAAACAUGUACUUCUGUUUCCGAUGGCUCCUCGUAUGGUUCAAACGAGAAUUUUCACAUCGAGAUAUCAUGAGGCUAUGGGAAGUAUUAUGGACGUCGUUGCCAUGCGCAAACUUUCAUUUGUUAAUAUGUGUUGCCAUACUUGACGCGGAAAAAGAUAUUCUAAUCAGUAAAGAUUAUGGAUUUACUGAGAUAUUGAAGCACGUAAACGACCUAUCAAUGUGUUUGGACGUCGACAAAAUAUUGAGCACUGCUGAAGGAAUAUACCACCAAAUAAUGUCAGCGCCGCAUCUCACAGACCAAAUCCGGAUCAUCCUCGGUCUGCCACCUAUGAGCACCUCCACAUCAACGCACUCUGGGUCUGACGCACCCACGACAUCGAAGAGUGAAACAAAUGGUACGAAAGAGGACCAAAGGACGGGCAUGUUCGGUCAGGAUAUGGACGAAGAUACACUCGAAUAUAACGGAUUACAAAUAUGUAUUGUAACGAAAACUGUAUGGGCGUUGCUCGCGUAA